GGGGGCGAGCUGCGUGUCCCCAUGAGUGCAUUUGUCUCCUCCUCGAUUGUAGCAGGCAGCAGCUAAAUUGAAAACUUAUUUGCUGCAUUCAGAUCACUGGAAUUUCUGUAUAGCAGCCACGGCGUAGACAGAUCUGUGCUACCAACAAUCGAAUCAAAGGACAACCGCCUCGGUUUGCAGAGUAGAACCGACUCCUGCUGCUACCACCAUGGAUGAUUUAGAUGCUUUGCUGGCGGACUUGGAGUCGACAACCUCCCACAUCUCCAAGCGGCCGGUGUUUCUGCCGGACGAGACGCCCUACUCUUUCCCCACGGCAGGACCGGCCUCGCCCCCUGUACCCCAACCUCCCUCUGCUGAGGCCCUGAACGGAACCGCCCUCGACCCCCUAGAAUCCACCCGCUCAUCCACACAGUCCUACAGCAGUAGCUCCCCCUUACCCCAAAGUGAAGACGACCACGUCUACAGCUUCCCCAACAAGCAAAAGAGUGCAGAGGCUGCCAUGAGCUCCUUCCUGGGCAGCAACUUGUCGGAGUUGGACCGGCUGCUUCUGGAGCUCAACGCUGUGCAACACAACACGCCCUCCUUCCCGACUGAGGAGGAGACAGCCCCGCCCCUCCCCUCUAGCAGCACCACCCACUAUGUGCAGGAGAACGGGGUUUCGGGGGCCGGCAAGGUGCCUCCCCCCACCAUGGAGAAACCCAAGCGCAGCGUGGCCACCAGGGUCAUUGAAGAUGUGCGCCCCAGCGUUGAGAGCCUUCUGGACGAGCUAGAAAGUUCUGUGCCCUCCCCCAUCCCCACCCCCUUGGUGGAGUUUACGGAGGGGGGGGAGGAGACGCCCUCCCAGCUGCAGGCCAGAAUCUCUGCCUCCUCCGCCACGCGGGAGCUCGACGAGCUCAUGGCCUCGCUGUCCGACUUCAAAGUCCAGAGCAAUAUUCUGGCCCAGGGGAAGAGCUUGCCCACGGCUCCCCCCAAACAGGCCAACAAGCUGGACAACAUGCUGGGAAGCCUCCAGUCAGACCUCCAUAAACUGGGCGUCCAGACCGUGGCCAAGGGAGUGUGUGGGGCCUGCAACAAGCCCAUAGUUGGACAGGUGGUGACCGCCAUGGGGCGCACGUGGCACCCGGAGCACUUUGUGUGUACCCACUGUCAGGAGGAGAUCGGUUCCAGGAACUUCUUUGAGCGGGACGGAGCGCCGUACUGUGAGAAGGACUACCACAACCUGUUCUCCCCACGCUGCCACUACUGUAACGGACCUAUCCUGGACAAAGUGGUGACGGCACUGGACAGGAACUGGCAUCCAGAACACUUCUUCUGUGCUCAGUGUGGAGCUUUCUUUGGUCCAGAGGGCUUCCAUGAGAAGGAUGGGAAGGCGUACUGUCGGAAGGACUACUUUGACAUGUUUGCACCCAAAUGUGGAGGCUGUGCCCGUGCCAUUCUGGAGAACUACAUAUCAGCCCUCAACUCCCUCUGGCACCCUGAGUGCUUCGUCUGCAGAGAGUGCUUCACCCCCUUUGUAAAUGGGAGCUUCUUUGAGCACGAGGGCCAGCCAUACUGCGAGGGCCACUACCACGAGCGCCGCGGCUCCCUCUGCUCGGGCUGUCAGAAGCCCAUCACGGGCCGCUGCAUCACAGCCAUGGCCAAGAAGUUCCACCCCGAGCACUUUGUCUGUGCCUUCUGCCUUAAGCAGCUCAAUAACGGCACCUUCAAGGAGCAGAAUGACAAACCAUACUGCCAGGGCUGCUUCAUCAAGCUCUUUAGCUAGUGAGCUAACCCACUCCCCAGUUGUGUGUGUGUGUGUGUGUGUGUGUGUGUGUGUGUGUGUGUGUGUGUGUGUGUGUGUGUGUGUGUGUGUGUGUGUGUGGUGUGUGUGUGCCUGCGUUUGUGCGCCUUCGUGUGUGCAUGCUUUGUCCCAAUUCUCUACGGUUCAGCCCUAAGUGUGCACUUGCACCCUUCAUGAAUUUAAUUGGAAAUGACAGUUGUAUGAAAUAUAGUGGAAACUCCAGCCCAUGCCUACACCAAUCCAAUGCUUUAAAAUGUGUGGCGAGGAGUACACGGGAAGAGAAUUGGGGACGGACGUGUGUGUGUGUGUGUGUGUGUGUGUGUGUGUGUGUGUGUGUGUGUGUGUGUGUGUGUGUGUGUGUGUGUGUGUGUGUGUGUCAAAAGGUAAAGACUUGGAUAGAAGGUGGCUAUGAUGAGGAAGCAGAGGGUUGUCCCUUACUGUGCAUGUAGCUGAGAUGAGACUGGCCAUUAGAAAAGCUCCCCUACAGUCACCUGGAGGUUACUGCAGACAGGACUCAAUGCUCAACAGAGCCUUCAGGGCCGUGGGGUUGACAUUUCAAGAGUUCCAGAAAGCAUGAGGUUUAAAGCGAGCCCAAAGAGAUUUUUGUAAAUGUAAAACGAGCAAGAGAAGCCAUUUUUGUGUGAGAGGCAGUUUUUAUGUUCUGUUCGAUUUAUUUUCCUGUCCUAAUAAUGGUAGACUGCGUUAUCAUGUGACCGACGUGUGGAGGUCAGGUUAUAGGGGUCCUGGGAUGGGUUUAGACAGGUGUUCAGGCAGUACUUAGUACACAUAGAAUGUUGUUGACAUUCACUAGGAUGCGUUUUGCCUAAUAGUCCAAAUUAUGCAGUAUGUCGGUGCCAUUGCAAAUGCACACCUAUGAACUGUCUCUUGAUCUCAAACGCAAACACACACACAGAGACACAUACUUUAUACUCUGAGAAGAGGUAAAGCUCUUGUCUCCUCUUUCCCUCCUCCCUUUCUCUUCACUUCUCUGUAAGACCAGUUCAAACACUUGGUGCUCACUCAACUCAAUCAUAGAUUCCUCUCUCUGUGGCCCUCUUGGGGCCAUUUUACAGCCUGGUAUGGUCACGAUAUCAGGGUCCUAUUUUUGUACACUUUUCCUAUGGAAAUGUUCAUAUACUAACAAGGACGGCUCAGCGGAAUAGAUUUAGUACAUCCGUUUUCCUUUUCCCUGUUUGCUUAAUUUUUCCAAUGGAACUGUACAAAACUCUCAAAUGUGUUUGUACAAAACAGACACGUUGUUUAGACACACAUACUCACACUCUUUCUCCAGAUUACUGCUCUUUUUGAUGUGCUAUGGACUCUCCGUUUCUAUUUUCUGUAGAUCAGUCUUUGCGCCACCGAUCUCAUAUGAAUUCUCAUUCAUGUCAUCUGAUUUGAAAAGAAUGUGCAUUUGAAUACUGUCUUUCCGUUGAUGUGGACAGAGGGUGGCGCUGUUUGGGUGAGUGUUGGCGACCUCUCAUCUCGGAGGCACUCUGCUCGUCCCUUACUUUCCAUCCGCUUUGGGUAGGGAGGCAGCUCUUAGCCUGGCAACCAAACUUAGCACAGCGUUCUUCAGUCUGGUGUGACCGGGCUAGGCUUCUCCAUUCCUAAAGGGAAGCAGGACAAAAUACUAGAGCAUGUUGAUUUGAAACAACAUGUUAAUUGUGUGUAUUUUGCCUUUUUAUUUGCUACUGUAUUCGCCCACACAUUUAUCCAAGUCUUAAAAGGAAUAAUUCAGAGUGAAUGGGGAGUGCUUUUCUUGGGGCAAUGUUUUGUUGUACAUUUAGCUACUGACAAUGUGUGUGUUUUCCCUCAGAUACUUCAAAAGUAAGUAAUAGAGGGAGACUUGGUCCUUUUAAUGUACGGGGGUAGGAUUGGUUUUUAACCUCACUGCUUAUUGACUGAUUGAGCAACACACAUUCUGCAAUACAAGUUGUGUGGAGAUUUUGUCAGCAUUUUCUGCAUAUUUUUAGUACAAUCACAAUAUUAAAUUGACUUUAACAUACUUGGUUUAGUGGCAUGGAGCAGUAUUGUCACUGUAUGAUUUUGAGCUCUGUAGCUAACACUGAUAUGCAAAGAGCUGGCUCUAUGGACAAGGACAUAAAUGGACCCUAAUACACACACACACACACACUAGGUUGAUUUCCAGGCAACAGGGCCAUUUCUAACCAUGUGUCCCUGAAAUGCCCUCAGAGUCACAUGGUAAUCUGGACACACAGGUCUGCAGUCAGUACCUAGUCUGUUUCCCAAAUGGCACCCUAUUCCCUAUAAAGUCUACUGCUUUUGACUAGGGCCCAUAGGGCUCUGGUCAAAAGUAGUGCCCCAUUUAGGGAAUAGGGUGCCGUUUGGUAUGCAAUACAUGUCAAUAAUGGCAUCCAAAUCUCCUCAUUACCUGAUCCCAAAUCACUGCAGUGGGUCAGGUUUGAGCAUACUUUUUUUUAUAUGUACGUAAUUGAUUUACUUAUUUCAUCAUCCACUGUUAAUUUUUUUCAAGUGACCUUCUAAUGUUGCAUAUUUGAAUCAUUGUGAAGCAGGUGAUUUUAACUUUACACAUGUUGCUUAUAUUUUUAUGCUAAAUCUUCAUUUUUUUUAUGGUUUCCAACCCAAUUGUCAUCACUUGGCAUGUUGGUUGUGGUAUAUAUAUACACACAUACGUUUCAUUUUCAUUUCUUAACACUUUGAAAGAAUAAAGAUAAUUGUGCUAGUGCCAAAUUUUCAAUGCAAUGUCUUUAACACUGUUGAGGUAUAUGGCGCACUUCCAAGUCCUUGCUGCGAUCGGAUUGGUGAAGCCAUUUUUGAUGUCGUAGAACAACAUUGGCUGGAUCAGCCAGUGUCAUGGGGUGCAUCUCAAACAUCUAAAUUGGCUCCCUCUCCUCUGCUUAUUUCCUCCAUAUGUGUUGAUGUGAAAGUACUGGACAGGUGAAAGCAAACCCCUCGAAUACAACCUCAAUAUAGCUUACAGUGAAGUGUAAAUAAAGAUGAGACAAAUAGGGAAGCCAUUUUAGACUAUUGAGAUGCACCUCUGGCUUUUGGGUGUCAGUAAAAGAGAGGCAAAUAACUUAGAGGGGGCAAACUGAGGAUGGCCUCACAGCACAGUAUAGUCGGCAGAUUAAAGGUGUAUAGUAAUUGUUGCUUUAUAAUUACUACAUGUUACUAUUGGGUGUUUUUUGUGUCUGGCCUCCUCAGGCUGGGGUGCCAUUUCUGGUGAUGUUUGGAACGGUUUUGUUUCUUCAACCCGCUGAGACAUGGGUUUUUAAAGCACUUUCAGCCUUGCUAUGCCAUAGAUUCCUUGAGCUUCUCUAGUAGUGCAACUGUGUUGACAUGAACAUGAUGAAUCUACAGAGGGGCAUUUCACCUAGCUUGGUUAAUGAGGAAUGCUGCUAACAUAAUAUUCUAAUUUAAUUUUGAAAUUCAUAGACUGAGGUGUAACAGAAGAAGGGUUAGUACUACUUCAUAUUGACUCUGUUUUAAGUCAGGCUCUCUUUCUAAGCCAUUAAAUCCUAAAUUGUUCAAGUUAGUGUGCCAAAUAAUGUAUCAAGCUCAAUGAAAUAUCCCUCUGGUAGCCUUUAUAGCCAUGCUUUGGAGACCGGAGACACAGACAAUGAAAACAAGUGUAGGUGCUGCCAGGGUGCCUGAAUCUAGCCCUGGACAGUUACAGUUCAAAGUUGAAUGAGUUCCUCAAUCAAGGGGAAAUUACUGGAACGAUUUCUUGAGUAGCCAUGACCACAGGUUUAGGCACCAGCCCAAAUGUGUAAUGCAACAAAUGGAGCCCUUUAAAGAGAGGCUUGAGAGCAUGUUACUUUGGUGUAUCUCUAGACACCCUAUGUAAUUUUAUUUUAUUUUAUCUACACCCUAUGUAAAUCAUCAGGGAUUGUAAUUAUUAUUAUUUUUUGCUACAUUUAUUUAUCCUAUUACAUUUCUUUGCUUUAGUUCUAUGCUCUCUCUGUUGACUCAGAAAUCCCAGGCCUAAGUGGGAAGCAACCCGUCUGCCUAGGCAGACUACUCUCAAAGCCUUUUUAUUUUAAUGUUUACAAGUUAACCUUGUCAUUUGAUCCCCUUAAUUUAUCUGAAAGGAACUAUUUUCCCCCAAUAUUCCUGAGUGGCACAGCGGUCUAAGGCUCUGCAUCGCAGUGCUAGAGGUGUCACUACAGACCCUGGUUCGAUCCCGGGCUGUAUCACGACCGGCUGUGAUCGGGAGUGCCAUAGGGUGGCGCACAAUUUGCCCUGCGUCAUACGGGUUUGUCCGGGGUAGGCUGUCAUUGUAAAUAAGAAUUUGUUCUUAACUGACUUGCCUAGUUAAAUAAAAAAGUGAUUUUGUUUUUUCCUUUCCUCUUGCCUGUUUUAUUUGCCCAUGUACCUCUGUUGUCAUGUUUUAUGGGAUGGCUAUACGGUACCUGAUUGCUGAUCAUUUUUAAUUCAAUGUGAUUGAUGCCAAUAAAUAAAAUGUUUAUUUCUGACA